AUGGCGUCUGUUGCUAAGUUCUUCUGCCUGGCCCUACUUUUGGCCGUGUCGCUGCUUGCAUCUUCCGGCAACGCACAACUUUCGGCAAACUUUUACGCCACUUCGUGCCCGAACCUCCUCACAAUCGUCCGCAACCAAAUGACUCAAGCUGUUAACAAUGAACUCCGGGUGGCCGCUGUCAUGCUUCGCCUUUUCUUCCAUGAUUGCUUCGUCAACGGAUGCGACGCGUCGGUACUUCUGGACGACACGGCCACCUUCACCGGCGAGAAGAAUGCGGCGCCGAACCAGAACUCCCUCCGAGGUUUCGUCGUCAUGGACAACAUCAAGACCAGGGUCGAGGCCGCUUGUAACGCCACCGUUUCUUGCGCUGACAUCCUUGCUCUCGCCGCCAGAGAUGGAGUCGUCUUGCGAGGCGGGCAAUCAUGGACGGUCCCACUUGGCCGCCGCGACGCUCGGACCGCCAGCCAGGCCGCCGCCAACAACCAGCUCCCGGCACCCGGAUCCAGCCUGGCAACGCUGGUGAACGUGUUCUCCAACAAGGGCUUCACCGCACGGGAACUGACCGUCCUCUCCGGGGCCCACACCAUCGGGCAGGCACGGUGCACCAACUUCCGCAGCCGCAUCUACAACGAAACCAACAUCGCCGCCGCCUUCGCCACCACCCGGAGGGCCAACUGCCCUUCCACCGGCGGCGACGCCAACCUCGCCCCGCUCGACAGCACCCCCAACCGCUUCGACAACACUUACUACACCGACCUGGUGGCCAGGCGCGGGCUGCUCCACUCCGACCAGGAGCUGUUCAACGGAGGGUCCCAGGACGCCGCCGUCAGGGCUUAUAGCAACGACUCUGCUUCUUUCCUCAGGGAUUUCGCCGCCGCUAUGGUCAAGAUGGGGAACCUCAGCCCUCUCACCGGGACCAGUGGAGAAGUCAGGAGGAACUGCAGGAGGAUUAACUAACUAAUAAUUACAUGCUAAUUUAAAGCUGAUCAUCAUGGCGAUAUGUGGUCCAAAAAAAAAAAAAAGAUGAUCAUCAGGAAGUAUGUCACUAUUUCAUCUCGGCAAUUUGUGUUGUUGUGUUUCGUUUGUGACCGAGUGUGUUUUUGUUUUUCCUGAUAUUUUUCAAUUUGUGCGAAGUUUAUUAAAGUUGGAUUUUUUCGGGGGCCAUUUUGAACAGAUUUCCAAAGCAGUAUAAUCAUAAAUUUCGUGCGAUUUUUCGGAAGGCCAUUUUCUUUGCAUUUUGAAGGCUAAUUAAAGAUUAU